AAAUAUAUUUGUUGGUGUUUUCCAAGUCAUUUUAUUUUUGUUGGUGUUUACAAUUCUGAUUUAUUUAUUGAGAAUAUAGCACCAAAAGAUUGUGAAUCAACCUGAAAAAGUAGGUUGUGAAUCAAUGGGUUCCUCUGUUCCUGCUCCACUUUCCAACGUCUUCGUCUAUGGCAGCCUCCUUGCUGACGACGUCGUUCGAGCCCUCUUGGGUCGACUUCCCUCUUCUUCCCCUGCCAUCCUUCCCAACCACCAGCGGUUUAGUAUCAAGGAACGUGUUUACCCUGCAAUCAUACCUGUUGAAGAUAAGAAAGUCGAUGGCAAGGUUCUCCUGGGCAUCACACCUCCAGAACUUCAUAUUUUGGAUGAAUUUGAGGAUUUUGAGUAUGAAAGAGCAACUGUCGAUGUGAUUGUGAAGGAUGGUAUGGAGAAAUUGAAAGCCUACACAUAUAUAUGGGAAAACAAGACUGAUCCGAACUUAUAUGGCCAGUGGGAUUUUGAAGAAUGGAAAAUAUUGCACAUGGAGGACUUCUUGAAGAUGACGAAGGGUUUCAUGGAAGAAAUGGAGCUACCUGAUGCCAAGACACGAGUUGCAACGUAUGAUUCAUUUUAUGAAAGGAUAGAAAAUAAGCAUUCUAAUCCUUAAUAUCAUGAUGAUACAGUUUCGACUAUUGAAUAAUCUCUCUUAGUAGAGUAGUGAGCAGUUAUAAGUAUCAUUGGCUGAAAUCAUGUUUAGCACAAACCUGCUUCGUGCAGGUGAAUCGUCUCGACUCUGAAAAUCUCCAGUUUAUAAGCAGCAUCAGGCACCUGAUCCACUGUUGCCCAUCAUAUCUUCCAUUUCCUAAUGUUGCUCCAAUAUACCCGAAAAAUCGGGCUACUGUACGUGUUAAAGGCGAACAGGGGAUUUGUUCUUUGUCACAGCAAGGAAGAAGGUAAUGAAAUUGUUAGUUACUCUACUAUCAUCUUAUGAAAUAUUCAGGAAAUUUAUAAUGGGGUCGUACGUGUUAAAGGCUUCAGUUUAUUGCAACGAAACUGUUCUCGUGAGAGGACAUAUAUAUGAAAUUAAAAGAAGUACAAGACUUCAUCAUCCCAUUCA